AUGGAGACUCGACCAGGCGACUACCCGAUUCUCAGUCUCCCUGUCGGUGAAAUGAAGCAUGAGUAUGAUGUCGUGGUUGUUGGCUCGGGAUAUGGAGCCGGCGUUGCGGCGAGUCGCAUGGCGCGGGCGGGGAAGGGCGUUGCGGUGUUGGAGGUGGGGAGGGAAUGGAGGGGGCUUGGCGGGGGCUCCCUCAUCAACGCGGGUGUUUUCCUCGAAGCAACGCCCGAGGUGAUACAGAUGAGUGCGUGGCCGGCGGAAAUCAGAGAGGAUCCGGAUGCAAUGGCUGAAUACUACGCCCGCGCCUCGACAAUGCUGCAGCCAACGCCUUACCCAGAGACGGACCUGCCCGCUAAGACGAAGCACUUGGAAGAUACCGGCCAGCAAUUCGGCAAAGCAGGGAGCUUCUCCCGUGUCCCGCUAACCACGUUCUUCGAACGAGGCCGUAACGCCAGUGGCGUGUCGAUGUGCGCAAAUCAAAGGUCCGGGCGCGAAUCCACUGGUCUGGACGAUGGGUCGAAGAAUUCGAUUCCUGUGACGUACUUGGUGGAUGCUUGGGUGUGGGGAGCGGAGAUCUUCUGCGGGUGUGAGGUUCGGUAUCUUGAAAGGGAUGGCUCGUCCUAUAUUGUGCAUUUUGUUUGCCAUGAGAAGAGCGGCCGCAUCGGAGAGCAGCAGCUGUCGGUGAGGGCCAAAGAGUUCUGCUUCCUGGGUGCAGGGGCGCUCGGGACGACUGAGAUCCUCCUCCGCUCGAAGAAGCACGGCUACAACAGCACCAAAGAUAUAAAUGGCGUAGCGGGCAGUAACAGGCCCGGUCCAACAAUUACCAGCAUGAUUGACCUCCGGGAAGUGAAUAACCCAUUGGAAGGGUAUAUCAUCGAAGAUGGAUGUAUUCCGGAGCCGAUUGCGCCUGUGCUGCAAAUACUUCUCAUCUUGCAGACUAUACUGAACUUCAAGUUUCUCUCACUCCUUUGCAGCCCACUUCAGCAGAUACGGCGGGUCAGAGCGGUGCUCAAGUCCCUCCUUCUCGGCCCCUUGGUCCCCGGCGGCGCAAUGCAGCGCACAGCAACAUACCUGAUCAUGUCGCACGACAGCAACGAAAUCACCAUGACCAUGAGAAACGAUGAGCCGCGUCUUGAAGCCGUUGGGGAGAGGCGUGGAGCAAAUAUUCGCCGAAUUAAAUAUACGCUGCGCGCGAUAGUUCGGGGUACUAGUGCGAGUAUGGUUUCGUGUUAUUCUGAUCAAGUCUCAGCACACCUUCUCGGUGGUGCAACCAUGAGUCGCAAUGGAACUGGUAGCGAAGGAGUAACUAACCACCUUGGACAAGUUUUCAUGGGGCACGGGGCGGAAGUUCAUGCGGGCUUGGUGUGCUGCGAUGCGUCGGUCAUACCGAUGUCUUUGGGCGUGAAUCCGCUUGCGACAAUCACCGCGCUUGCAGAACGGUCGGUGGCGCUGCUUGGGAAAAAGAGAUGUUUAGAAUUUGACCUUGAGACGAAGAAUGGGGAGAUAAAUGCUGACAGCAGGCCGAGAGUUUCACAUUCCACGGGUAAGGAAGGAAAGCACAGGGAUGGAGACUAUGUCUCGACAGGAUGGGAGUUUACCGAAGCUCUCGAGGGCUACAUUGCUGUCCCGGCGAGUGCAUCAGGAGUUGACUGUCAUAUUGCUGAACGAGAAGGAAGGAUCUCGUCAUCGUUAUUGCGAAUUAUCCUCACGGUCGAGAUAUAUCGUAGAGUGCAAGGGGCCACAGAACCCAGGUAUAAGGGUAUCUGCACCGGAACCGUCUCAUGCCGAGCCCUGUCCAGGCUACCGAUGAGGGCUAUCAGCGGAGAGCUGGAUUUUUUCGUUCCAGAUGAGCAGGGUACCGAUUCAACAACGCUGUCGUAUACCCUACCACUCCGGAAUGUGGAAGGCACGGAAUUGACAUUGACCGGACUGAAGACCAUUGAUCUGUCCAGUGCACUCUCCAUCCCAAGGUUGUGGAAAGCCACUACCACGGUGGAAGUUCAUGUGACGGACGCCAGAGGUGAGAGGAUAGGUGCCGGUGUCGUACGUAUUCCCGGAAUGUCGUCCCUGUACCGGCAAAUGAGGACAUUUCACCAGACCAAAAAGCCUGCGCACAUUUCAAUGCUGGUGGUGUUCUUGCUCUAUUUCAUGUUCCAACUCAUCGUCGUCUUCUUCCAUCCGCUCAUUUCGCGUUUCUGGGAUCGAGCCCACCCUCGAACUCAAGAGAAAGAGCGAAGCCACGGUCGAGACAGUGGCAAACAGAGACCAUCAGCAAUCCACGAAAUUGUCACGUCCGACAACGUCAAGGUGAAACUCGACGUAUACAAUGCGGCCAAGACGGACUCACAGCAGCCGCCGAUACUCUUCCUCCCGGGCAUCACCGGCCUCAACCCCGCUCACUCAAUCUUCACCCUCCCCUUCCAGCGCUGCAACAUGGUCGAGUAUUUCGCCUCCCGAGGGCAUCGAUGCUACGUCUUAACGCCACGAUGGGGUCUUGAUGAGCGAGUCGCAGGAGAAUGCACCGUCUUCGACAGCCGUCUCGACAUUGCCGCCGCUUUGGAAUACAUCGGCCGUGCCAGCGAGAAUUCAAAGCCAUACAUAGUAGCACAUUGCCAGGGCUCCGUGGCGCUUUCAAUGGCCCUGCUGACAGGGACCAUCAAAGCAGAUCAGAUUCUCGGCAUAACAGCCAACUCAGUCUUCAUGAACCAGGUCUUCGCGUACUGGAACGCCAUCAAGGCCUCAUCUCCGCUGCUCAUUCGGGCGUAUGAAUUGCUGGACGGUCCGUACUUCCCAAUCGACUUUUCAACGAGGACGAAGUCAGUAUCGCAGCGUAUCCUGGACUUCUUGCUCUCGCUAUACCCUGUUCCCCGACGGGAUAGAUGCUCGUCGCCAGCCUGCCACCGCACAAGCUUUGCGUUCGGGUUGCUCUGGAACCAUCGGAAUCUAGAUCGAAGAAUCCACGAUAACAUUGAUCGGUUCUUCACGGGGACAUCUACCAAGAGCUUGGAGCAUAUCACGCGCAUGGACUCUGCGGGGAGCUGUCUUGACAAUAACCUUAAUUCCCUCUUAACAAUCGAGAAUCUGGAGAAUCUGCGCGGAGUCCCGAUUCUCUUCAUAUCUGGGUCUGAGAAUGAGGUGUUUAGUCCGGAGACGACCUUGAAGGACUAUGAGUUGUUGCGACGGGCUUUCGGGGAAGGGAUGUAUCGGAGGUUCUUGGUGGACGGCUAUGGCCACCUUGAUCCGAUUGUUGGUAAGAAUGCAGAGAGGGAUGUUUAUUGGAGAGUCAAGGGACACGUGGAGUGCUGCUUGCAAAAUGAGCACACGAGGACAAAUGAGCCGAAUGACUUGGAAUUCAGGACUGAAGGCGAACACUGUACCCUGAACUAUUCCAAUCAGCCAGGGAAAGACAUGAAUGGCGUAUCCAAUGGGACUAGCUGCUGA